UGGAGCCAGUCGUAAACCUCAGUGCUCCUCCUCCAGCCACACACACACGAACACACACACAUACAUACUCAUAGUCUUUCUCUGGGUGCCCCAUCCCUACUAUAUUUUAGCUUAUAUCAUUGAGAAUUUAAAGCACGAGAAAAAGAAACUAUCAUUUACUGAAGAACAGACCAGAGCCUGUAUUUGUGAACAUUACAGAGAUGAAGAGGAACACAGUGGGACCAGGUGUAGGAUUGCUUCUGCUUUUUUGCCUGACUGCAGUAGGACAAUCGUGUGUGGAUCCUGAAUCGGCCUACAGGUUUACCGGCAUUGUAUGUAGACUUACAUACCCUGCUGCAGUUGUCUUAAAUGAAAAAACCACAGAAGUAAUCCAGGCUGCAUUCCAGCAUGCCAAAUAUCCAAGUAUUCAGGGGGAGAAGACAAUAUUAUUCAUGGGCAAGCUGAAGUAUGGAAUACACAAUCUGGAGAUCCACAAUCUGACAAUUGGGAAAAGCGACUUUGAGCUGCAGGAAAAUAAAGGCAUUGCCAUCACUAUCUCCAAUGUUUCUGCUGUUUUUACGGGAACCAUUACAUAUGAAUAUGGGAGCAGUCUCUUCUCUGUAGGCCAGUCACUUGAUUUUGAGGUCGAGUCCCAAAUUGAUUUAGUCAUCAAUUCUAAUCUACACUGUGGAAAAGGCAGAGUAGCUGCAGACACGUCUGACUGCUACCUUACGUUUCACAAGCUGCUACUCCUACUGCAAGGCGACCGAGAACCUGGCUGGCUGAAGAAAGUGUUCACUAAUUUCAUCACUAUCACAGUAAAGCUGGUUGUAAAGGGGCAAAUAUGUAAGGAAAUAAACAAAGUGGCAAAUAUCCUGGCAGAUUUUAUUCAGGACACAGCAGAGCAGUUUUUGAGUAAUGGAAACAUCUCUGUCGAUAUUGGUCUAACCUCUGCCCCUGUCAUCACUUCAAAUUACAUUGAGUCUUACCACAAGGGUCUAGUAACCUAUAAUAGCAGCACCUCAGUGAUCAAAGACUCUGUCUUUAAUCCAGAGCAGAUUUCAGAGAACCGCAGCCUGUACUUUUGGCUCUCUGAUGUUGCCCUUGACCCUCUAAUGACGGCAGCAUACCACGAUGGACGAUUCUCUAGAAACAUCUCUAAAACAGAGCUUGCUGACAUGUUCCAGACUCAGCUGUCCACAGACAGACCUAAUUUAGUGAGCAAGUGGCUUUUGUCCGAGGAACCGUUGUUAAGAGCGUGGAGUGCAUCAGUGCCUCGUUUCUGGACAACACUGCAAGCCUCGUAUGUCAGGGUGGUUGCUGCAGUGGAGCUCUCUUCUGCAAAGCAGGACAGUCCUGUGCUUUACUUUGAGACGGAAGUAGAAGUCUGUGUGAGAGCCUCUUAUGCUGAAAAGAAAGUCAUCCUGAAGGCCACACCAGUGCAUAUAUCUACAUCAAACAUUUCCAUCUCAGAAGGUGUUUCUGAGAUGGAGAAUGGCUUAAGUGUUUAUCUUCAGGAAGCUGUUGAGAAGAUUGGGAUCACCAAAGUCAUAUCCUAUCUAGAGGUAGCAGUAACAGGCUUGAUGGAUAAGCAGGGGCUCAAUCUGUUUGACCUCAUCAAUCCUGAAGUAAUACCUUAUAAUGGUUAUGUCUUGGUGCAGAUGGACUUUGGUUUCCCACAGCAUCUACUGGUGGAGUUCCUCAGGAAGACUCUGGAUUAACUGCAGGCUGCUUAUAUAGACUAGUAUAUUUACAUUUGUUUACAUAGAUUACAUAAUUUGAAAGAGCAUUUUUGCAGCAAGAAUUUAUGUAGAAGCGUAAUCAUACAUCCUGCUUAUUUUGUUACAGUAUAACAUAUAAUAAAUAUUUGAAAUAUAUUA